AUUGUUUCGACGCGCGCGGUUUCAAAUAAAUUUGUUUUCUCUCUAGUUCGACCUGUAUCGUAUUUUUUAAUUUUUUAAUUUUAAAAUGACCGUGGGUGAAAAUGCGGGAGCUGAUUCCAUUCGCCGACGCACAUCUCAAGAUUUGUCAUUGCAAAAAAACGAUUGGACUAGCGGGAUAAAAAGCAUCGAUAACGUGAAUCACGACUUUUCAAAUGCCAAGGACGAAAUGCGGCUGAAGCGACAGGUAGGCCUGUUUAGUGGGGUUGCUCUCGUGAUUGGAAAUAUAAUCGGCUCAGGUAUUUUUGUGUCACCAGGGUAUCUCCUCGCAAGUGCAGGGUCUCCUGGUUUAUGCCUCAUUUUAUGGGGUGUCUGUGGUAUCUACUCAUUAUUAGGUGCCAUAGCCUAUUGUGAGAUUGGAACUUUAAUACCUAAAUCCGGUGGUGAAUACAUUUACUUCUUGGAAGCUUUUGGGCCCAUCAACAAAUUCUUUGGACCGAUGCUAGCCUUCAUCUAUGCUUGGGUUUCUGUAUUUCUUUUGAGCCCUUCAUCGGUAGCCAUUCUGGCACUGUCAUUUGCAGAAUAUUUCGUCACUCCAAUCCUCACUGCAAUUGACUUCUGCACUGACCCUUACUUGUCCUACGUACUCAAUCGACUGGUGGCAGCCAUAUGCAUAGGUAUCAUUGCUUUCGUUAAUUGCUAUUCCGUGACGGCUGCAACGUGGGUGCAAAAUGUCUUUACCAUAGCAAAAUUAACUGCAAUCGCCAUCAUUAUUGGCGGAGGAUUGUAUUACCUCGGUUUAGGAUACACCGAGAACUUAGAAAAUGGUUUUGAAGGUUCAGCUACGUCAUUCGGCCAAAUAGCAACCGCAUUUUACGGUGGCCUUUGGGCUUACAGCGGAUGGAACAAUUUGAAUUACAUAACAGAAGAAAUCAAGAAUCCAUACAGGAAUCUACCGUUGGCCAUCACAAUCGCCCUCCCGUUGACCACUAUACUUUAUGUAUCGAUUAACGUUUCAUAUUUGACGGUUCUUACUCCACAAGAAAUAAUUAAUUCAGACGCGGUUGCUGUGGACUGGGGCAUUAAAGUAUUGGGUCCUGCAAGUUUCCUGAUACCUCUUGGAGUGGUAAUGUCAAUAUUUGGUGCCACGAAUGGAACGGUCUUCACCGCAGGAAGGAUUUCACACGUAGCAGGGAGAGAAGGUCACGCUCCCGAUUUUCUGUCUUACAUACAUAUUGAAAAGAAAACACCAAUCGCUCCAAUUUUAUUGACUAGUUUAUUAGCGACACUGAUGAUUAUACCAGGAGACAUCGCAUCACUGAUUGAUUUCUUUGGAUUUACUAUUUCCCUGUUUUACUGUGCUGCCAUGGUGGCGCUGAUUGUAAUGCGAUUCACGAAAAAAGACGAGCAUAGACCCAUUAAGGUGCCCAUCAUCAUCCCAAUUAUCGUGAUGGCAGUCUCAGCUGUUCUAAUAGUUGCGCCAAUCGCAGCAGCUCCACAAGUUCAGUAUUUUUAUGCUCUUCUUUUCAUCCUCGCCGGACUGAUAUUCUACGUACCUUUCGUCUAUUACAAGAGGACAGUACCGGGAAUAGGGUCAUUUACUGUGUUUCUUCAGAAAACUCUAAAAGUAGCUCCAACUACCUAAUUGGGAAUGGAAAGCAUCCGAUACCUGACGCGAAUUAACAACUAUUGAUAUGGAAUACAAUUUUCAAACGUA